GGCCUGAGGCCUCCAGAAUGCGAGGCCAGGGGGGCCCCCCCGAUGGGCCGGCCCUCCCGCGCCCAGGACAAGACCAGAGUCUGGGAGAGGUGGACGCAGCUGACGGGCACCACCUGGGGAAGAGGGGCUCUGCCUGGUGGCGGCUGUGAUUUGAGGGCCCUGGGUUUCCUGGGUGACUGCUUCUGGGAGCCGUGGAUGAACCAUGCCGCCUCUCUUCUUCCUGCGUCCCGCACAGGGCGUGCCUCUGCCCAGAAGCAUCGGGCCGUGGGGGGCCUGGCCGGGGCGGCCCUGCUCACCGCCCUCUGGAUCCUGUGGCUGCUCCGAUGGGCCCCCGGGGGUGUCCCGGCACCGCAGCGCACUCUCACCAUCCUGAUCUGGCACUGGCCCUUUGCCAGCCGGCCCCCGGAGCUGCCCAGCAACACCUGCGCCAGCUACGGCGUGGCUCACUGCUGCCUGAGCACCAACCGCAGCCUGCUGCCCAGCGCCGACGCCGUGGUCUUCCACCACCGGGAGCUGCAGACCCGGCGGGCCCGCCUGCCCCUGGCUGAGCGGCCGCGCGGGCAGCCCUGGGUGUGGGCGUCCAUGGAGUCGCCCAGCCACACGCACGGCCUCGGCCAUCUCCGCGGCAUCUUCAACUGGGUGCUGAGCUACCGGCGCGACUCGGACAUCUUCGUGCCCUACGGCCGCCUGGAGCCCCGCCAGGGGCCUGCGCCCCCCCUGCCGGCCAAGAACGGGGUGGCCACCUGGGUGGUCAGCAACUUCCAGGCGCGGCAGCGGCGUGUGCAGCUGUACCGGCAGCUGGCGCCUCACCUGCCGGUGGACGUGUUCGGCCGAGCCAGCCGGCGGCCGCUGUGCACCACCUGCCUGCUGCCCACCGUGGCCCGGUACCUCUUCUACCUGGCCUUCGAGAACUCGCAGCACCCGGACUACAUCACCGAGAAGUUCUGGCACAACGCGCUGGCGGCCGGCGCCGUGCCCGUGGUGCUGGGGCCCCCGAGGGCCACUUACGAGGCCUUCGCACCGCCGGACGCCUUCGUGCACGUGGACGACUUCGGCUCGGCCCGGGAGCUGGCCGCCUUCCUCCUGGGCAUGAACGACAGCCAGUACCGGCGCUACUUCGCCUGGCGGGACCGGCUGCGCGUGCGGCUGUUCGACGACUGGAGGGAGCGCUUCUGCACCGUCUGCACCCGCUACCCCCACCUGCCCCGCGACCAGGUCUACCAGGACCUCCAGGGCUGGUUCCAAGGCUGGCUGCAGACCUGAGCUCUGGCGGGCACGGGGGGCAGGGGAGGACGGCUGGGGGCGGGCAGCGUGGGUGGGCAGCUGGGUGUUCAGAUCAAACCACUGGGCAUCGGCCCCACAGGCAGCCACCAGGCUGGCGUGGAGACUGGAGUCAGAGGCCAGGGUGCGAGGGUGAGGGAAGAGUGGGCCAGUCCGGGCAGGCUGCCUGGAGGAGGAGGCUGGUGGGUGCUAGAGCAGGCAUUUGGGGCAGAGGCGAGAACAGCGAGGGAGUUAACGGGGUGUUUGUCCUCGAGGUGGGUCAGAGGAGAGGUUGCUAAGGGCCUCCUUCCCUACGCGGUCAGAUCUGGGGCAGAUCAAGGCUGCCCUGCCUGGACCCGGGGAUGUGGGGGUGUGAGGCUGAGACAGGCUGGAGGCAGAGCCUGGGGCCCUGGGAACCUGCCACCCUGUGGGUUCUGGGGGGUGGGGAAACCUGCCUCCCCAAGCCUCCUCGGUACCCGAGGCCCCCGGCCCAGGAUGCACUGCUGCACUGCCCACCCGGACCAGCUCCGGGCAGGCCUGGGCAAGGUGCAAGCGAGCCGGGCUGGGCGGUUCUGGGCUCUUUGCGGUCCACUCAGCGAGGGGCCAUCGAUCAAUAAAGGAACA